CUCACAAACAUCACGAUGGCCCUAAUGUUGCAGGCAGGCGAAGGCAGGAAAUCCGCGUCCCUUUUCUCCAGUCCUGAAAACUACACCUGCGUCGGCCAUUUGCGCCACGCCUCCGGGUGGGAUCCACAUUGCCACGUAAUAAUCUCCCACAUUAGCGGGAGACGUGUACAAUUCAACAACCGCGAGGACGCCAACAAAAGCAAACCCCAAGCUCCAAUUACUCGCCCUUUUCCUCCCGUCCUACCUCGGCAAUUCUUUCCUUCUUUCUUCCCGAUGGCUGCCACAGCCGCGCGGGCGAUCUUCUGCGAGUUGAUUCAACAGAAAUCGCCGCUCUCGAGGAGAGAGUCGGCGAUUCCAAGACUCAAGGCAGCCGAUUCUUCUUCAUCCUCGUCCGAGAGCGCCAAAAUCAUCCUCCAGCCUCGCGUGUGUACUCUCAGGUCGUACGGGUCUGGCCGCGACGGUCUGAUCAGGACGCGGCCCGAUGCUGACGUGUCACCAUUCUUCGCUUCGCUUUCGGACUACAUCGAGAACUCGAAGAACAGCCAGGACUUCGAGACAAUCUCCGGUCGCCUUGCCAUGGUUGUAUUUGCAGGGGCAGUGACAGUGGAGGUGGUGACUGGAAACUCCUUGUUUAGGAAGAUGGACUUACAGGCCAUUGCAGAAGCGUCAGGCGUGUGUUUUGCAGCUGUCGUCUGUGCCGCUGCUUUUGCUUGGAUAUCAAGUGCCCGGACCCGUGUAGGCCGAAUCUUCACUGUCCGUUGCAAUACUUUUGUUGACUCCCUCGUAGACAAUAUUGUGGACGGCUUGUUCUAUGAAAGCGAGCUCAGUGAUUGGUCUGAUGAAAUAUAAAGGACGGUCAGGACGUCACAUCACUAGUAAAAAAGGUGAGCAUGAUGAUGAUGCGUAUGCAAAAUAGGCUAGUAAGGGACAGUGGCGGCCUUCUACAUAUAUUUCCUAACAGCCAAGGAAUCUCCAUCUCGAGGCUCUUAUACAUGUAAUCAUCUGUGUAUAUGUUAGAAAACCUAAUUAAGGGAGACAUUGGUUUUGUGUCUCGCUGGCAGCUAGCUUGUUAAGGAGGCUUAAAGCACAUCCAAUAAAAAGGGAGGGAAAAA